AUGGCAGAAGAUGCUACAGACGGCGGAGGUCUUGACGUGCUCGAGCGGCAACGUCGAGAGGCGCAGCGACAAGAGCCUCCAAUAAUAGAGAUGUUCAACAUGUUCCCCCACGAGAGCGGCAUAGUGAUGAGACGGGGAGUGGAGCUUGGCAUGAUUUGCAGUGCCGUCCUCAUCGCCCAUUGCGCUUAUCUCAUCGCGUUCUACUGGCCAACAGAAGGUUUGAUGGAGAGUUGUACGUGUAGUAGCUGCAGUCCCGCGGCCGUUUUUCUGGUUCAAGACCAGAAGGCUCUUUGUCGAGGCGAGGCUCUGUGGAAGCACGUGAUGAUGAACCUAGCGUCAAUCAUACUUCAUAGGGUCGUCUGCGUUAGCCUCUUUUAUUGGCUAAUGGAGUCGGAUUUCAAGCGCGGUAUUCCAGCCGAUGUCCUGGACAAAUACAGCACGGUUGAGACUUAUUCACCGGACCACCCAUUGUCUCCUUGCCGCUCCGCUAAGAGCAUUCAUUUGUACAAUUCGGGCGAGUGUUCGAUCUGUUAUUGCGCUUAUGAAAAAGGGGAGCAAGUCCGAGUGCUGUGCUGCGGCCAUUCCUUCCAUACUAACUGUGUUGAUACAUGGUUAGUCGGUCAUCAAAACAGAUGUCCUCUCUGCUUGGGAGUGGUUGGUCCGGCCUUCGAUGAUAAGUUGGAUCGGCAAGUGACUGAGUGUCAGGCUAUCGAUUAG